AUGGAUCCACAACAGAGGCAGAAUUUUCUUGGUUAUGGAGUCAUGGGACCCAACAGCAACUCCAUAGCCACCUUGGACCACCACCACCACAGUAUUUUCAUAGAUGAUGAACCUGAAAAUAAUGCUCCACUCAGCACUACAGAUUGUGGCUACUCAAGACCCUUCUUGUUUCUUGAUAUAAUAUGGAACUUGGCAUUUGUUUUGGUGUCUUUCUCUGUGCUUCUGACCACCAUUCAAGAACGACCCUCGACUCCCUUAAGGGUUUGGGUUUUUGGGUAUGCUUUGCAGAGCCUUCUGCACGUGGGGAUUGUGUGGGCUGACUAUCAAAGGAGUAGUCUUGAUGAUGUUGGGGUUCGAGAGUUUAAUUGUCGUGGUGUCUUUUCGUUUUCUUCACUGUGUCAUAACAGCAUUAUCAAGAAGUUGGAAUCCAUUAAUACUGUGAUUUCAUCAAUUUGGUGGGUAUUUGGAUUUUAUUGGAUUGUGAUGGGUGGCCAAGCGCUUCCACAAGACUCUCCGCGCCUAUACUGGUUAUCGGUGGUUUUUCUAGCCUUUGAUGUGUUCUUUAUGAUCUUCCGUUUAGCAAUGGCCUGUAUCAUUUUCUUUGCACUGUUCUGUUGCUUUCCUAUCAUAUCUACAGUUGCCUAUGCUAUGACUAUUGGAGAAGGAGCAUCUGAAAAUGAUAUUAGGGUUCUUCCCAAGUAUAGAUAUCGCCUGCCCAAUACUUCGGGAUAUAAUAAGAGGCAAGAAGAAGUUAGUAUAACUUCAGAGUCUGACAGCAGUAAACCAACAGCUGAACUUGCUCUUAAUCCAGAGGAUUCUGAGUGCUGCAUAUGCCUUUAUAAGUACAUGGAUGGGGUUGAGUUGUGUACCCUUCCCUGCAACCACCAUUUCCACCAUAAAUGCAUUAGCAAGUGGCUGCAGAUUAGUGCAACCUGCCCUCUCUGCAAACUUAACAUUCUCAAGGGUAAAACGUUGGUCUGA